UGAAAAGAUGACACAUUAAUUAUUGUUCUUGCAUUGUAAAAAUGCUUGCGUACGAACAUCGUAACCGGUAAUCUGGUACUGCUUAGCGUUGUUUGAUAAUAUUAUUAUUAAUUUUAGUAUGCAGCUGAGCUAUUUAGUUUCAUGCGUGCCCUCAUCUCGUUUUCUCGUGAUUUUAAUAUGUUAUUUAAAUAGCUUCAAAUAUAUCGCAGGUUUUAUACUUUGUAUCUCGUAUCUCACCAUCAGUAAAACCAUGCCUAUGAAGGUCGCAGCAGCUUUCCAUAAAUAACAAUUUAUCGCCGAUUUAUUCCGCGCAGUUUGCGCGGGGUCUACUAGUAUAUCUAUAUUGCGCGAGCUGAUUGUGUCUUCUACCGCCCCAUGCUACGCGCACCAGGUCAGCAGAAUGAAUUAUCCUUACUUUACCAUUACAACACCACUGGCUUAAUCGAAAACAGGUUUUGAACCUUGAUCAGACGUACGAAUGGAAAGAUAUCGCAAGCCGGUUGCAAACGUGCAGGACCUGAAUGUGCUUGUUGGAAUGAGAAUACGUUUCGAGGGCGGAUGAUACACAAUCGUGCAGUGCCUCCAGCAAGCCAGGCGAAAGCAAAUCAUGCGGAUGUGGUUCCGACGCACUCAACCGGGCGCCGAAGGAAACGGUUAACAAUCCCGUAACCGACGACGAUAUUAUUGUCGAGGACGAUAGCUCCAAUACUAUCGACGCCAAGUCCGUGAAAGCACAGCCCCGCACCGACUCUACAACACAACAUGCUAAUAUGGUGAAAUUAGCCGGAGGAAAAUUCACGAUGGGCACGGAUGAGGCGCAUUUCCACGAAGACGGAGAAGGGCCAGCGAGACCGGUUAUCAUCUACCCUUUCUGGAUGGAUGUGAUGGAGGUGUCCAAUAAGGAAUUUGCAGAAUUUACCCGGGAUGCUAGUUAUGUGACGGAAGCGGAGAAAUUUGGCAAUUCGUUUGUGUUUUUUGAUAUGAUGACGGAAGAGCAGCAAGAACCGGUGCAGGAGUCAGUGGCUGCUGCUCCCUGGUGGUAUAAGACUCCCAACGCUAACUGGAGGGAACCGGAAGGCAUCAAUUCCAACCUCGACGAGCGAUGGGACCACCCUGUGACGCAUGUGUCAUGGAAUGAUGCCGUUGCGUAUUGCAAGUGGAAAGGGAAGCGUUUGCCGACGGAAGCUGAAUGGGAGUACGCGUGCCGGGCCGGUCUGGAAGACCGUUUGUAUCCGUGGGGAAAUGUGCUGCUACCGAAUGGUGAACACAUGGCGAAUAUCUGGCAGGGAGAAUUUCCUCUCAACAAUACGGCGGAUGAUGGUUAUAAAUGGACGGCACCGGUGGACUUGUACAAGCCUAAUAAUUUUGGCCUCAAGCAAAUGGCUGGAAAUGUUUGGGAAUGGGUUGCCGAUUAUUGGUCUAUACAUCACAUGCAAGAACUGAAAAAGAAUCCUACAGGUCCAAAGAAAGGCACUGAGCGCACAAAAAAAGGCGGAUCUUUUCUCUGUCAUAAAAGCUACUGUUAUCGGUACCGGUGUGCCGCCCGGAGUAACAACGGCGCUGAUUCUUCGGCAUCGAAUCUCGGAUUUCGCUGCGCUUCCGACAUUGACACAGAAAGCUGACCUGUUUCUUUCAUACUCAAUAUUUGACCAAAUAACUGAUCUCGUUGAGUAAAAGUAGCGUAACGCUGCACUAACGUCUUGCUUUGUACUUCUGUUUGGUAGCUAUCUCAUUAAUUAAUGUCCGUUUUUUGUUUCUGCAUUUGUAACGAUCACUAUGAUAUUACUGAAUAAUAAUAUUACACAGAUUCA